AUGACUGAAUGGGCCUACCAGGCUCAGAGGCCUCAGCCUCUGUACGAAAUCAUUGAUCCUGAGUCAUGGAAGCCUCAGCAGCAUUUUACUGUUGGAGCUGCUCCAGGUGGAGCUUCGUAUACUGGGUUCUAUCACAGUACUGCAGUAACCAGCGAAUGCAACAAGAAGAAAGAGGAGGUGUGUGACAGGAAAGUGGCUGAUGUCGACACCCCCAACCUCUUCGACACCUCUCUGCCUGAUGAUACAGUGAAGAGGGAGAACUCCAAAUGCCAUAGCAUGUCAGCCCUGGGGUCCCACGUCAUCUUGCUGGUCAUCAAGAUAGGGCUAUUUACAGCAGAGGAAAGAGACGCUGUUGAGAAGGCGGAGAAUGUUUUUGAGGGGGAUGCCUGGAAGAACACCAUUAUCUUCUUCACUCAUGGAGAUAGAGUUGGUUCAGACUUUGAUCAGAUGUUGGAGAAAACUGGACCUGAGCUGCAGGAGAUCCUGAAGAAGGUGGAAAACAGAUACCACAUCUUCAACUACCAAAAAGCCAAUGAUCAUGGUCAGGUCCUGGGUUUACUGAAGAAGGUGCAGGCGAGGGUGGCUCCCAGUGGGGGGAAGUUUUACUCCAAAUACAACUACCAGGAGAUGGUCAGGAUGCUGGAACAGAGAGAGACAGAGCUCAGAGAGUUCUACGAGAAGAAACUGGAGGAGGAAAUGAAAGCUGUGGAGUCAAAGUACGAGUAGAAGCUGAGUGAAGCUCAACAGGACUGACAGGAUGUGGAAGAACAACUGAAGUCUGACCUGAAGGAACUAAAGCGGUACUAUCACGCUCUAGAGAACGGAGUCUGUCGUGUUGGCGGAGAACAUUGCAACAAACGACACCUUUGA